AUGAAGGUUGGACCUGGAUCAGUCUUGCGUGGUCCCUUGGAAAAUGCUUCUGCUGAUGCAGUGACACCGAAGUUGAAUUGUGAACGUCAGGAUUGUCCCAUCGAACUGCUUCAUCCCCCCGAAGAUUGCAAUGUGAACACUUCACUGUCCUUCACUCUACAGAUCUGCCGAGUUGAAGAUAUCCUUGUUGAAGGACUUAUAGAAGGAUCUGUUAUUCAUUUCCAUAGGGCGAGGACUAUAUCUGUGCCGUCUUCUGGAACAAUUAGCACUUCAGGGAUGGGCUGCACUGGAGGUGUGGGUCAAGGAAAAAUUCUAAGCGAUGGUCCUGGUAGUGGUGGUGGGCAUGGCGGUAAAGGUGGAAUUGCUUGUUAUAAUGGCAGCUGCAUCGAGGGUGGUAUAUCAUAUGGUGAUUCGGAUUUGCCUUGUGAACUGGGUAGUGGAAGUGGAAAUGACAGUUUGGCUAGUUCAUCUACUGGUGGUGGUAUUUUAGUAAUGGGUUCACAGAUGCAUCCCCUGUCAAGUUUAUUUGUUGAAGGUUCAGUUAGAGCUGAUGGAGAAAAUUCCCAGAAGAAUGAUUAUGGAAUUGUGGAUGAUCAGAACGGAGGUCCUGGAGGCGGAUCUGGUGGAACUAUUCUUUUGUUUUUGAGUGCUCUGGUUCUUGCUGAGACUGGCCUUCUUUCCAGUGCUGGUGGUCUUGGUUGUUCCAAUGGUUGUGGUGGAGGAGGUGGUGGAAGGAUUCACUUUCAUUGGUCAGACAUUCCCACCGGAGACGUAUACCAGCCAAUAGCUAGUGUGAAUGGAAGCAUAAAUACUGGGGGUGGACUGGGUGGAAACCCUGGUGAAGCUGGGGAAAAAGGGACAGUGACGGGAAGAGCUUGCCCAAAAGGCCUUUAUGGAACCUUCUGUGAGGAAUGUCCAACUGGCACCUAUAAAAAUGUCACGGGAUCUGAUAUAGCCCUUUGUUUUCCAUGCCCAGUUGAUGAGCUUCCCCAACGUGGCAUUUACAUUGCCGUCCGAGGUGGUAUUACUGAAGCACCUUGUCCUUACAAAUGCAUUUCGGAUAGUUAUCACAUGCCACAUUGCUAUACAGCUCUCGAGGAGUUGAUAUACACAUUUGGUGGGCCUUGGUUGUUUGGUCUUCUUCUUUUGGGUCUCCUCAUCUUGUUAGCUUUGGUGCUUAGUGUUGCACGAAUGAAGUUUGUUGGCGUCGAUGAAUCACCGGGCCCUGCUCCCACACAGCACAGCUCUCAAAUUGCUCACUCAUUUCCUUUCCUGGAAUCACUGAAUGAGGUUUUAGAAACAAACAGAGUUGAAGAAUCACAGAGUCACGUACAUAGAAUGUAUUUUAUGGGUUCAAAUACAUUCAGAGAACCUUGGCAUCUUCCUCAUACACCUCCAGAACAAGUAAAGGGGAUUGUAUAUGAGGGCGCAUUCAAUAGAUUUGUGGAUGAGAUUAAUGCUAUAGCCGCCUUCCAGUGGUGGGAGGGAUCAGUGUUCAGCAUUCUAUGUGUUCUUACAUAUCCUCUUGCAUGGUCAUGGCAACAAUGGCGUCGGAGAAUGAAGUUACAGCGACUUCGUGAAUUUGUCAGGUCAGAGUAUGAUCAUGCUUGCUUACGGUCUUGUCGCUCACGUGCUCUGUAUGAAGGGCUGAAGGUAGCUGCAACAUCUGAUCUAAUGUUGGCAUAUGUGGACUUUUUUCUUGGCGGGGAUGAAAAGAGAUCUGAUCUUCCUCCUCGUCUUCAUGAAAGAUUUCCGAUGUCUUUAUUGUUUGGAGGUGAUGGAACUUACAUGGCUCCUUUUUCUCUUCACAAUGACAAUAUUAUCACGAGUCUUAUGAGUCAGUCUGUCCCACCUACAACCUGGUAUCGGUUUGUGGCUGGUUUGAACGCACAAUUGCGCUUGGUAUGCCGGGGUUGUCUCAGAGCCAUGUUUCGCCCUGUCCUUAGAUGGCUUGAAACUUUUGCCAAUCCUGCUUUGAGGAUCUAUGGAGUACAUGUUGAUCUAGCCUGGUUUCAAGCUACAGCUGGUGGUUAUUGUCAAUAUGGACUCUUGGUAUAUGCUAUUGAAGAAGAAAGUGAGAGUAUAUUGUUCGAAAAUACUGAUGGAAUGACUCGAAGUGAGCUACAUUCACGGUAAUUAUCUGUCUAUAUGUAUUCUCACAGGUGGAAAACUUGAAUUAACUUAUGUGCACACACAUGCAUACGUGGUAAAUAGGUGUCCACUGAAGCAUCCUUAAUAAUAAGAAAAAUAAAACAUUAUGUUUUUGUUCCAUGCUUUGUUGGUCUGUUGAUUGGAUCUAAAUAAGACAGGUU